CAUAAGUCGUAGGCAAGAAAUAAAACAUGUGCGCCCGUAGUAAACAAUAUUCAUUUGAAAAGUAAAAUAUAUGAAAAGAUUAAAAUAAAACACAUUUCCAUCGCAUAUUGAUAGUAUAGAAAGAAAACAUUUCAGUAUGUUUAUGACAGAUGUGAACGAUGUAAAAAUUUAUAAUUUAAGCGCUGGAAAAUCUUUGCCAGAGUGGUUAACGGAUCAAAGGCGCCGGAAAUUGCUCAACAAAUCUGUGGAUCUGAGGAAAAGAAUUGAGCUAAUUCAGGAUUUUGAUAUGCCAGAUGCAUGUCAAACUAUUCGAAUGUCUCCAGAUCAUCAAUUCAUUAUUGCGACGGGCACAUACAAGCCAAGAGUGAAAUGCUUUGAAGUUAAUAAUCUAUCCGUUAAAUUUGAACGAUGUUUCGAUUCCGAAGUAGUAUGCACAGAGAUUCUAAGUGAUGAUUACAGCAAAAUGGUUUUUUUGCAAAAUGAUCGAUACGUUGAAUUCCAUGCAGCACAUGGUAGACAUUAUAGAUUACGUAUACCAAGAUUUGGUUAUGAUAUGAAAUAUCAUACUGCAUCGUGUGAUCUGUUUGUAGUGGGUGCUUCAAGCGAGAUGUAUCGAUUGAAUUUGGAACGUGGACAAUUCUUGCAAUCGUUGAAAACUCAAUCGACAAGUUCAGUAAAUCGUUGUGAAAUGAAUCCCGACCAUCACUUGAUCUGUGUCGGUUCACAAGAAGGAACAGUAGAAGCUUGGGAUCCACGCGAUAAAAACCGAGUUGGCAUUUUAGACGUUGCAAUGCACGUAUCCAAGUUUAAAACAUUCCCAUCAGUUUCGGCAAUGAAAUUUAAAGAUAGUUUACACCUUGGCGUGGGAACACAUUCGGGUCAUGUAUUGAUUUUUGAUAUUCGUGCAAAUCAACCGAUGAUCAUAAAAGAUCAUUUGAAUCAAUUUCCAAUAAAGCAAAUCGCAUUCAAUCCAUCACAAAAUGCAAUCUAUUCCAUGGAUACAGCAAUAUUUAAAGUAUGGAAUGAAAAUUCAGGCAAACAAAUUGCAUAUGUUGAGUCAGAGACGAGCUUUAACGAUUUUACAACAAUACCAAACACGGGUUUGGUGUUUUUUGCACAAGACGACGUAAAAAUGUUAACAUACUAUAUCCCGAUGAUGGGACCGGCUCCAAGAUGGUGUUCAUUUUUGGAUAAUUUAACGGAAGAAAUCGAAUCAGAGAAUGUACAGAAUAUAUAUGAUGAUUAUAAAUUCAUUACAAAACAGGAGUUGGCUGAACUUGGUUUGGAGCAUUUAGAGGGAACUAAUUUGCUUAGAGCCUAUAUGCACGGAUUUUUUGUCGAUAUUCGUUUAUAUAAUAAGGCGCGUUCAGCAAUUGAACCAUUUGCCUUUGAAAAAUAUAGAAAAGAAAAGAUCCGCCAACAAAUUGAAGCUACUCGACCUGCUCGGCUUAAGAUCAAAUCAAACUUACCUGCAGUUAACCAAGAGUUGGCUUUGAAAUACAUUGAUGAAAACGAAAAUCACGGUCGAAAGAAAACAGCAAAUUUGUUGAAGGAUGACAGAUUCAAAGCACUCUUUAGCAAUCCUCUCUUCGAAGUGGAUAAAAAUGCGGAUGAAUAUAAAAUGUUAACGCCGGUUUUGAGCCGAUUGCAAAAGAACAAAGUAAAAGAGCUCAAGCGAAAGGUGGAAAUCACGAUGCCGUUUAUGGAUGAAAAUGAGAAGGCACCGAGCUCGGACGACGAUCUUUUCUCAGAAAAAGCUGAAGACGAGGAAAUGGAGAGCUCCGAUGAUGAUGACCGAGCAUGGGAGAAAGACCUGAAACAAACAUAUCGUCAAAUUCGAAUUGAUCAGAAAAUAAAAUCAUUUGCAGGAGAUGAAAACUCUACAGAGAAUGAGAAUGAGACAGAUGAAACAACACCUGCAUUUGCGAAAACAUCUAAGGAAAAAGGCAAAGAUAUCGAGUUUAAAGUAUCGAAUAUCACUGCUAAGGCCAACAAGAAAAGUUUGGGUGAUCGAUUAAGAAAAUCAAUCAAAAAUGAUGAUGACCAACCGGCGAACAAUCGUUUAGGUAGCACACAAAUGUCUUUUACCAUCGAAAAGAAAUCCAAAUUUAAUAAACAACGAGAAAACGAUUUGAAACGACAUCGUGAGGAGCGAAAGAGUGUCAUACGACCAAUCAAAAGUCUGCACUUGAAGAAAUAUAUCCCAAAAACUUAAAUAGUGAAAAAUUUAAAUUCAUUAAUUUGAUAAUAUUCACACAAAAUUGUGACACUUUAUUGAAUAAAAUAUCAUGUGUAAAACUUGAA